GGAGGGCGGGACAUUCCUAACUAGACAGCAGCCAUUUCGGGAUGCCUGCCUCAGCCUCGGCUUGGGGAUCCCAAGCCCGGGAGAACCUUCCCCGCCGGCAGGUGUCACCCACGACACUGAAGCGGGCUUCGAGUGACGUCAUACUCGAAGACUUCCGUUUCCGCUCUUGGAGUCUGGACGCUCCAGCUCCCGGCUUCCGGCGGGCAUCCUCCUCUGCCCUCCGAUGGAGGAGCCGGUGCCUUGGGAGCACUGGGCGGGUGCACGCUGCUGCUGGCCGGGGAGGCGGGUGUGAGGACCCUGGAGGCCUGGUGCAUGAGGACUCCCACCUUUGCGCACCUUUUCUCUCCAUCGGCGUGAGUUCCUGAACAGCUGCUCUGUACAAUCGAAUGUAAACACCUCGGGAGUCAACUUCCAUCUCAGUCCAAAGGUCAAAAUCCAUGAAACAUUUGAGUUUGUAACGUGGGAAAAGUAGAAGAGAAGAAAAACAACAACAAACAAAAAAAAACCCCACUUAACUAGCUGGUGUUGCCCAAGGACCUAGGUAGCUCUUCAGAUUGCCAUCAUGGGUAUCCGAGGGUUAAUGAGUUUUGUGGAAGAUCACAGCAAUGAGUUCUUCAUCGAUUUGAAGUUGCGAAACACCAAGCUGAUCAUCGAUGGUUAUGCUCUCUUCCACCGGCUUAGCUUCAGUUCUGGCUUAGAGCUCCGGUACGGAGGGGACUAUGACUCUUUUGCAGACAUUGUGCAUAAGUUCUUUGAAUCACUGUUUGCUUGUAACAUAUUCCCAUAUGUUGUAUUAGAUGGAGGAUGUGAUAUUUCUGAUAAAAAGCUUUCAACUAUAAAGGAUCGAGCUAGAGAGAAGAUCCACAUGGCCCAUAACCUUUCUGUUGGUGGGGGUGGAUGUGUCUGCCCCUUACUCACCAGAGAAGUGUUCAUACAAGUUUUAAUCAAGCUUCAGGUAUCUUUUGUCCAGUCCUUUUCAGAAGCAGACCGGGACAUUAUGACACUUGCUAAUCAUUGGAACUGCCCUGUGUUAUCAUCAGAUAGUGACUUUUGCAUUUUUGACCUGAAAACUGGAUUUUGCCCACUGAAUAGCUUUCAGUGGCGAAAUGUGAACACCGUUAAGGGCACAAGGGACUACUAUAUCCCUGCCAAAUGUUUUUCCCUCAGUGCAUUCUGCCAACACUUCAGCAACAUGAAUAGAGCUCUUCUACCUCUCUUUGCGGUGCUGUGUGGAAAUGACUAUAUCCAUCUACCUGUUGUAGAAAUAUUCUUAAGUAAAGUACAUCUUCCUUCUGGCUCUACCAAUUCUAAGGGAAGGAGACACCACCGAGUUUUGGGACUUCUGAGCUGGUUGUCUCAUUUUGCUGGGCCUGCUGAAGCACUAGAUCAUGUUCUGAAAUGCCUCCCCAAAAAGGAUCGAGAAAAUGUUAAGGAACUUCUUGGCUGUUCCAUGGAAGAAUACCAGCAGUCUCAUGUGAAGCUGCAGGACUUCUUCCAGUGUGGUACUUACACCUGUCCAGAUGCCUUGAGACUGGGUUUGCCAGAGUGGGUACUAGGGGAUUUAGCCCACGGCCAGCUGUCACCUUUCAUCAGUGAUGCUUUGGUGCUAAGACGGACCAUUCUUCACACACAGGUGGAAAACAUGCAGCGACCAAAUGCCCAUAGGAUAUCUCAGCCCAUCCGGCAGGUCAUCUAUGGGCUUCUUCUGAAUGCUUCUCCACAUCUAGAGAACAUGUCUAGGAAUGUCUUGCCAUCUCAGCCCCUAGCUUUCAGUGAAGUGGAAAGGGCUAGUAAAAAUAUCAAAACAUCCAUUGUUGAUGCAGUAGGGCUGCCCAAGGAUCACUUUAACUUAGACAAAUUGCCCAAGCUCUCCUUGGCUAGACGACAGAGACUGCUAUUGGAAACAUUAAAGGUGAAGCAGACCAGCCUGGACUGUGUCCCCGAUUUGCUGAAAUUGCCCGUUGCCGUCUGUUGCUACUGGCUCCAGCACACGGAGGGCACGGCUAAGCUACAUCAUCUACAAGCGCUUCUGCUGGGGAUGCUGAUGGGGCCCCUACACGCCAUGACCAACAGUCCUGGGAAGGAAGGCCUACAGGAGAAUGGUGCUAAAAAGCUGUAUGAAGAGCUCCAAAGAGUGAAGAAGCAGACACAACCAGACCGGAAACUGGAUCUAGACACAGCUCACAUCUUCUGUCAGUGGCAGUCCUGUCUGCAGAUGGCACUGUAUCUCAGUCAGUUGCUGUCCACACCUUUCCCAGAGCCAGACCUAACUCGACUGUACAGUGGAAGCCUGGUGCACAGCCUAUGCCAACAGCUGCUAGGAUCAACCUCUGUAGAAACUCUCUUAAGCAUGUGCCUAGAAGCAGAGCAACUUUAUGAACAUCUGUUCAGUGCCACAAAGUCAUAUGCCCCUGCUGAGUUAUUCCUCCCAAAGAGUAAAUCAAAUUCCAAAAGAAAAAGGCAAAAGAAAAAAGGUGCCAGCUGGUUGAAGAACACAGCGGGAACCUCCUCGGACACAAGGUGUGCUUACGAGGGGAGUAAUCGGUUUGGCGUGUUAAUGGUUGAAAACUUGGAGGAACACAGUGGAACCGCAGAACUGGAAUAAACACUGCAACCAGAUGAGUAAUUCUGACUUCAAAUGUUUCUUCCUUGGAAUUUGUUUUUCUUUAACUUCUUAGAGGAUAAACAUCAUAAUAGGAAAUAUUUGAUUAGAGGAAAACAUUUUAAUAGGUGAAUUUUUAUAUUCUGCUUUUAAUAAAUCAGAUUUAAGAAA